GGAUGGGAACAUGUGGCUAGUUUGUGGUUGAGCAACCCCAGUGUGAUGGUUCAAUGGUAUCCUAAGCUCUUUUAUCGUACCAAUAGAGAGUAUCUUAGUGGCCACGAGUUGGGACAUCCCAAUACCUUUCCCUUUCUUCCUUGUUGAUAUAAAAUCGCCCAUCUAAGCAAACAUAAUGAUUGUUAGUCUUUCACUAAUUAUUGUAAUUAUUAUUAAAAUAUAAAGCUUCAAAGUAGCAAAUAUAUGAGUGGGGCUUGUUGGUGGCCCAAAGUUAUCUUUCUUGAGAUUAAGCAAUAAGCAAUCAAAAGAUAGAUUAUGCUAAGGGGUAUUCAACUACCCAAUGACUUGACAAUGGUGAAAGGUUGAUUCGAUGCUUGUGAUAUUCUACAUGAGAGCACAUGUGAUUCUGUCAUUCUGGUUCACUAUGUCAUUCUGGUUCACUACAUCAUGUAUUAUAUUCCGUAUGACUGUUUUAGCUCAUAUGGUAAUUAACAAAGCCACGAGCAACCUGUUUUUUGUGUGUUUGCUUCCGGAGUAAAACUGUCACUCUACCUUUCUGAAUUAUUUUUUAAUUAUUUUAAAGUCAAAUAUAUUUUUUUUCAAUUUCUUCUCAUUCUAUUUCUGGCUUUAAUUUUCUAUAUCUCUGUGGAGUGUGGAGUGUGGAGCAUUCCCCAUUGAGCACACACAUUAGAAGAUACAUUGGGUAGAAAGUAGAAACAGAACUACAGAAGGCCAUUUUAUAUUUUUGUUGAGAAAGAAAAAGAAGGCAAAUAGUAGCAAAAAGAAAUACUAGGAGGCAAACUACUGUCUUCCACCAAAUAAGUAUUCAAUUACAGUUUUACCCCAGCCAUGUUGUCCGAAGUCCCGACAAUUAUCUUUCUUGUGCGCAACGCAAAUGGUUAAACUCUGACAAAGAAAGCCAACCCCCUUUCCCAAAUUAAGUCCGUGAGAUGUAUUUCUUCCUAAUCCUAAUUUUAAUACAUAGCAGAGGCCAGAGGGAAUCCAAUUUGAAUAAAGAAAAAAGUGUAAAAUAUUUAAAUCUUAAAGACAGUUUAAAAAUGUUUUUUGGAUGAUAUCUUUCCUUGUUUUUAUUUUUUCCUUUCCAUGAAGGGCAUUAUAGAGAAUGUGAAGGAGGUUGCAGUAAAGUCGGAGAAGAGAGUGAAGUGAGUAUGCAUGCACUACCAAUUACCAUUUACCAUCCCUCUCUCUGCUUAAAUUCUUAACCCUCUCUACCCUUUCUUCUUCUGUUCACUCUCCCACCUACCUUAUAUACUAGAAAACAAAUAAAUAAUAAUCUGUUUUGAUGAGAUAAUGCAAGAGUCUGUAGCUGUAGCAGAAGCAGAAGCAGGGGAUGAGGAAGUAAAGUGGACGCUCCUUUUCAUCAUCUCAUUCUCAGUGAAUGGCAAUAUCUAAGUUCAUCCUCCUCCUCAUUCAAAUCCUCUUCUUUACUUUGGAAGCAGAAGAGAAUGUUCCAUUCGUGGGAGUGAACAUAGGCACAGACGUAUCGAACCUUCCAGAAGCCUCGGAGCUGGUGGCGUUCCUCCAAGUGCAGAAAAUAACACACGUCCGCAUCUACGAUGCAAACCCGGACAUCCUGAAAGCCCUGUCGGGCACAAAGAUUGGCGUCGUCAUCAGUGUCCCCAACAACCAGCUCCUGGCCAUGGGCUCCUCCAACGCCACCGCCGCCUCAUGGAUCGACCGAAACGUGGUGGCUUACUACCCAGAAACCCUGAUCACGGGCAUCUCCGUGGGGGACGAGGUCCUCACCAGCGUGCCCUCCUCCGCCCCACUCAUCCUCCCCGCCCUGGAGUCCCUCCACAACGCCCUGGUGGCCUCGAACCUCCACCAACACAUCAAGCUCUCAACCCCUCACGCCGCCUCCAUCAUCCUCGACCCCUUCCCUCCCUCUCAGGCCUACUUCAACCAAACCCUUCUCCCUGUUAUUCUCCCUCUCCUUAACUUCCUCUCCCGCACCGCUUCCCCUCUCAUGAUGAACCUCUACCCUUACUACGUCUUCAUGCAGAACAAAGGCGUCGUUCCCCUCGACAACGCCCUCUUCAACCCCCUCACUCCUAAUAAAGAGAUGGUCGACCCCAACACCUUGCUUCACUAUACUAACGUUCUCGACGCCAUGCUUGAUGCCGCUUAUUUCUCCAUGAAGAACCUCAAUGUCACCGACGUUCUUGUGCUAGUCACCGAAACUGGUUGGCCUGCCAAGGGUGAUUCUAAGGAGCCUUAUGCCACCAAGGACAAUGCUGACACUUAUAAUUCCAAUCUCAUUAGCCACGUUUUUGAUCGCAGCGGAACCCCCUUGCACCCCGAAACCACUUCCAGUGUCUUUAUCUAUGAGCUUUUUAACGAAGACUUGAGGGCUCCCCCUCUGUCUGAGGCCAAUUGGGGUUUGUUUUACGGCAACACUACGCCCGCCUAUUUGCUUCAUGUCUCUGGAAUUGGGACAUUUUUGGCCAAUGAUACCACCAACCAGACCUACUGCAUUGCCAUGGAUGGUUUUGAUUCCAAGACUUUGCAGGCUGCCUUGGAUUGGGCCUGUGGCCCGGGCCGGGCUAAUUGCUCCCAGAUUCAGCCUGGACAGAGUUGCUACCAGCCCAAUAAUGUCAACAAUCAUGCUUCUUAUGCGUUUGAUAGCUAUUACCAGAUAGAAGGCAAGGCUCAGGGGACUUGUGACUUCAAAGGAGUGGCCAUGAUCACCACCACUGAUCCCAGUCACGGGAGCUGUAUAUUUCCUGGAAGCAAGAAAGUGAGCAACAAGACAAAGGAAGUGGUAAACUCUACUAUAUCAAGCAGUGCAGGGGAAAAGUUGGGGUUCAAAACCUUUAACAGCUUAAAAAUAAGUGCAAUUAACAACAUUUUGCACAUUUUCUUGGCUGCAUUUCUGCCUACUUUGUUGUUAGUCCUUUUAUGAGGUGCAAAUAAUUCAAUUUUUUGUUCUUUUUUUGGAAUUUUGAAUUUCAUAGAGUUAAGGAUGAGGUCAUAAGAGAAAGGAAUCGCGCAUGAUCUAUAGGUCUAAUCUUGUUUAUGUAGAUGCUUCCUUUUUUAAGAAAGCAGGGUUAAUAAUUUUCCCUGGGGCUCUUGUAAUUAACGCAUGUAUUUCUUAAAAUUGUAUUUUUUAAUCAAUUUGUGUAGAAUGUGUAUCCACAUGUCACCAUUAUCUUUGUGUUGGAGGCCCAUGAUUUUGGUCACUUUUAAUCAA